CUUCGUGAGUUCGUGCUUUCUCGAACAACUAUUAUAGAUGCCUAACUUUAGUAUUCUACUUUUAUUUCGUCUUAUAAUAACGCAAUAAGAGAUAUGAAAUUAUUUUUAGUUAUUUAUACGAUAUGCGACAUCUGACAGGCAAAAAUGUCUUUUUGCCAAAUAUUCAAAAAAUUGCGCGAAAAAGUAUCGCUUUUGAAAAUGCAUUUGCGCAACAAGCACUAUGUGCACCAAGUAGAAAUUCCAUAUUAACAGGUCGUCGACCUGAUAAGCUUCAUUUAUACGAUUUUUAUAGCUACUGGCGUGAUGUCGUUGGGAACUUUUCUACAUUUCCUCAAAUAUUUAAAGAAAACGGAUACGAUACGUACUCCGUUGGUAAAAUUUUUCAUCCAGGACUAAGUAGCAACUUUACUGAUGAUUAUCCGUACAGUUGGACCGAAAAACCGUACCAUCCGGCGUCGCAGAAAUACAAAGAUGCUGCAGUUUGUAAAAGCAAACAUAGUAAUGAGUUACACAAGAACCUUUUAUGUCCAAUAAAUGUUCGCGAACAACCCGAUGGAACUCUGCCUGAUUUGGAAACUUUGAAAUAUAGCAUAGAUUUGUUAAAAAAGAGGAAUGAUAAACCUUUUUUACUAGCGGUCGGAUUUCACAAGCCCCAUAUUCCAUUAAAAUAUCCCCACAAGUACUUAAGAAAAGUACCUAUCGGUAAUGUACAGCCGCCUAGCAUGCCGUACAUGCCAAACGAAAUGCCUACUGUGGCUUGGCAUCCUUGGACUGACGUACGACAAAGAGACGAUAUAAAGAAUCUCAACAUUUCUUUCCCUUUUGGAACAAUUCCUCCAAAAUGGACAUUGAAAAUCAGACAAAACUACUACGCUGCAGCGCUUUAUAUUGACGAUCUCGUAGGGAACCUAAUAAGACAUGUAGACAUAAAUAACACUAUCGUAGUUUUAACAAGUGAUCACGGUUGGUCACUAGGUGAAAACGGCCUAUGGGCUAAGUACAGUAACUUCGACGUAGCUCUAAGAGUACCCCUAAUAUUUAAAAUUCCAAAUAAACCACCCAAAUCCAUAUUAACUCCUGUCGAACUAAUUGAUAUAUUUCCAACAAUACUUACACUAGCAGACAUACAACCACCGAUAAAUUGCAAAAAUUAUGAUAAAUCAGUCAAAUGUAUUGAUGGUAAAAGUUUAAUACCACUUAUGAGUAGUAAGAGUGAUUUUUCUAAUUCAAUAAAAUUUGCUAUAUCACAGUACCCACGACCUUCUGAAUAUCCUAUGAAAAAUUCUGACAAGCCACGUUUGAAAGACAUUAAAAUAAUGGGUUACAGUAUUAGGACGAAAAGAUAUAGAUACACAGAAUGGGUAGAAUUUAAUAAUACAAUGUUUUCUAGAGACUGGAAUAAGUUAUAUGGGAUUGAACUGUAUGACCAUGAUUUAGAUGAGGAAGAAUCAAUCAAUGUAUAUGACAAACAUAAAUAUAAAAAUGUUAAAAUUCAAUUAUCACAUUUAUUAAGAUCGCAUGUAGAUUAA